CACAGCAGAUUGGGUUGGCAGCAGUCUAAAGACGGAUGAGAUGGCGUCACUCGAGCCCUACGAAAAUGUAAUUAGAGAAAUGAUUACACAGAAUUUCUCGUACGCCGACAUUUCAACAAAUUUGUCAGAACUAGGUGUGAAGGAAGGAUGCUCAGCAAUGAGUGUCAGGAGAUUUUGUGCACGCCACAACAUUUCCAGGAGGGGACAUGUAUCCGACUCACAAUUAGAGGCUGCUAUCAGCAGGGCAAUAAAUCAGACAGGGUCAACAUAUGGUCGAAAGAUGAUGACCGGGUACCUGUCUGCAAUGGGAGUGGUUGCUGGUGAACGCCGGGUGGGGAAGAUUUUGAGAACAACUCAUUGUCCCUAUCACGAAAUGCGCAAACGUGGCGCACGUAACCUUAACCCCGUCCCCUACACAGCUGCAUACAUGGGACACAAAAUCCACAUCGACCAGAACGAAAAACUGGUCAUGUUCGGAGUGACACACAUUCUAGCAGUAGACGGGUACAGCAGUAAGGUCGUUGCCCACACAACCAUGCCUGUCAAGAAUAACCUCAGGAUAUAUGAAGAAGUUUACAGAUCAGCAGUUCUUGAAUACGGGAUGUGGGACCAGGUCAGGGUGGACCAUGGCCGUGAAUUUUACUUGUCCCUCUACAUGCAGGAGAUGCUGUCUAACCACAGACACAACUUGCAAAGGCAACCAUAUCGCCAAACUCAGUCAACAAAGAAUCAUACGGUGGAGCGAUUGUGGGUCGAGAUAAAUAACAGGGUAAAUUACCCAGUGAAGGAGGCCCUCAUACAGCUGCAGGAUCAGGAAGUCCUCAACAUGGAUGACAACGUGACAAGAUACUGUACAUCUAACCUUACUGCUGAGCUGUGCAAGAUUGGCAUAACAAGAGCUGUACAUGCAUGGAAUGCACACAGAAUUCCAGGCAAAGGAACACCCAAUCGCCUGGCAGCAGGAGGAUGUCCAAAGAAACUGGGAGAGGAGUUGUUGCCACAUGCCUCCCAAGCAGCAGACAUGUACGAGCAGGAUGUUGGCUCUUCACUAACUAGAGUCUCCUGCUUUGGAACGGACCCCUUCUCAACUGAGGAGGACAAAGUAUCAGCAGAACAACUUUUUGCUGAAGAAUACCCUGAUAUUUCAGUUUUAUUAGAUAACGUGGUAAACUAUAACUUCGUACCUUUUCAAGAUGCAUUGCUGUAUCUGAUAAACAUUACGCAGCAAUAUGCAUGAACAUGUCAAAUAAAGGCAAGUUGGUUCUGGA